ACUAACUCUUAACUAUUUACCGCACUACCAACUAAAACUAUUAAUCUCUAUAAUUAAUAAUACCGUUUAAUUAUUGCGAGACUUGACCGCAUCCCCUAACCUCUUUCACCAUCACCAUUAUCAUCAUCAUCAUCAUCAUCAUCGUUAUCAUUACCACUAAUACUAUUACUAGUACUACUACUACUACCAUCAUUUUACCAUUACUACUGUCACAACCAUUAUCAAUCCCUGUUCCUCACUGAUACGACACACAAGACACAUCAAAUACACGCAGCUGAAGUCCGCGAAGUCUUUUGAAAUCGCCCGCCAUUUUCUUACGUCUCUUCAUCGAAAUCAAAAUGGCGGACACGCUUCGGUGUGCGAAAUGGCGAAAAGACUUUUUGUCAAAGCCAUGUUGAAAAGUUUCGAGAAAAUUGUUAAACGUAGAUAUGUAUGCGUUGUACGUACGUAUCGUGUGAUAUUCGUAAAGAAGAGAAAGAAAGAGAGAGAGAGAGAGAGAGAGAGAGAGAGAGAGAGAGAAUGUGUGAAAGAUAUCAGAAACAGCGUUUUAAACACAUACGUACACGAAAAAAACCACACACACAUACACACGAGAAAUAAAAAGAGAAAAGAAAGAAAGAAAGAAAAAAAGAAAAAUAGAACACAGGACGGAUCGAACGACGAGUCUGGCGGCGGACUUUCGUAUAAAAGCGAAUUAAUAAUUUUUAUGCCGUAUUUUAUCAUUAAUCACAUGAACGUAAUUACGAUAAAUAAAGUGCUACUGAUAAUAUUAUCUCAACGUUGUCAAAGAUUUAAAAAAAAAAAGUAAUAAAAUAAUAAAAUAAUAAAAAUAAUAAUAAUUAUAAUAAUAAUAAUAAUAAUAAUAAUAACAAUAACAACAACAAUAACAAUCACGAAAGAACGAUCGAUGGCAUUAACGGUAACAAGAUAAAAGCGAAAAUAAUUAAUAUACGAUGUUGUUAAUUCCGGCUUAAUCAACUAACAGGUGUUAUAUUAAUUGUUAUUAUCUCAUAACAAGGAACACACAUGCGAUUUUUUAUUUUCGUUAUCCUCGCGCUGUUAUUCGCUUGAUUCGCGCUUCCAGAAAAGAAAGAACCAAAAGGGAAAAGGAAAAAAAGGAAAAGGAAAAAAAUGACAAAAUAAAGUGAAAUAAAAGAACAACAAGCGCGCCUUCUUCUCGCGACGAAGAAAAAAGAGAAAAAAAGAGGAAGAAAAGCCAAAAAAAAACACAAAUAAAUAAAUAAAUAAAUAAAUAAAUAAAUAAAUAAUAUCAUUCGUACUGUGUUCGUUAAACGUCUCAACGUAUCACCAAUUCAAGAAGGAAAAUCUUUCGAUCGUCCUCUAUAUGCGCGAAUAUUUUCAACUUUCUACACUUUCACCAUUAGGAUGAGAGAUAUGCUCGGAAUGUGAAAGAAAAACAAACAAAGAAUAAAUAAAUAAAUAAGUAAAUAAAAGGAGAAAAAAGAUAGGUAAAAACCGAGAUGAGAAGGAGGAGGAUGACUAUAACGUUAAAGUGAAUUUAAAGUUAAUGACAGAUCAAAAUGUGACUAUAGUGAACGUUUUCCGAAAUUGAUACAUGUAUAUGCGUACAUACGCACAUAUAUAUGUAUAUGUAUGUAUGUAUGUAUGUAUAUGUAGAUAUGACCGACUGCAUCGUUGUUGUAAUGACCAACAAUGCAAAAAAAGGACACGUCAAGAAAUGAAAAGAAAAUAAACGUGACUGCACCGAAUAAACGCGUUUAUGAAAUUACGCGAGAAAAAUAGGAAAAGUUAUAUGCAAGCGCACUCUGUCGUGUGUGUGUAUGAUAACGUUUAAAAAGCGAGGAAUCAAGUUGCAUUCAAAGAAAGAAAGAGAGAGAUAGGUAGAGAGAAUGAAAAAGGGAAAGAUAAAAACGAAACAGAAAUAACGAGAAGAAGCUAUAAGAUUAAUUAAACGGACUAGGAAUCGAUUCUAUCAGCUGUACACUUUGAAUAUUCUCACACGCACUCACGAUCUUGAAUAAAAAAAAAAAAAAAAAAAAACGAAAAAAAAAUGAUAAAAAAAUAAUUAAAAAAAAAUAAAAUAAACCACAAAAAAGAUAUAAACAAAAAAAAUACAUUCUUUUUUAGCGGUCAGAGAGAGAGAGAGAGAGGGGGGAGAGAGUGGAAGAGUCGCGUGUACGUGAGAAAGAGGGGGAGAGAGAGAGAGAGAGAGAGAGAGAGAGAGCAAGAGAAAGAGAGAGAGAAAGAAAGAGAGUAUGUGGACCAUAGAAUGAGAGAGAGAGAGAGAGAGAGAGAGAGAGAGAGAGAGAUAGCGAAUGUAUCUGAUAAGAAUGAGAGAGAGGGAGAAAAAGAGAGAAAAAGGUAUUGCGGAUUUACCACCGCUCGAAUAGAGAUUUAAUGUUUGUAAGGGCAAUAAUAUUGUAAAUUUUUCGAGUACACUGUAUUUGAAUGUGUAAGUUGCAUAAAAAAGACAGAUUUUUUAGAUAUUGCACUAUAAUAUUUAUUAUUCUAAGGUAAACGUCUACGGAGCCACGAUCGGCCGCGCGUUCUUCGUUUGGUUCGUGUGAUUUCGUGAGGAUCGAUUGAGAAAUUAAGAAAAAAUUAAGAAAAAAAAAACAAAAAAAAAACAAAAAAGAAAACAAAAAUGAGAAAAAACAAAAAAGAAAGGACGACGAUCUAUCGAUCGAUCGAUCGAUCGAUGGAUCGAUCUUUUUCUUUUUCUUCUACUUCUUCUUCUUCUACUUCUUCUUUUACUUCUACUUCUUCUUUUUCUUCUUCUUCUUCUUCUUCUUCUUAGUUUCUUUAUUCAAUUUGUGGAAGAACAAAUCCAAUUGUUCUUUAGCAUAUAUAAGGAAACAAAACCGAUCGAAUUAAAAUCACGCGGGCCUUACGAGCGCCGGAUUAUUUCGCGACGAUUAUAAAUUAACAUUAUUAAUGAAAUGAGAAUGAGAGUAAAGCGAGACAUGCAUCGUUCUUUCCAAUAAAAAAAAAAAAAAAAAAAAUGAGGAAGCAACAUUUUUAGUGUUUACACUACGAUUGAUAAACGAUUCUAUUAUUACAUAAUAUUAUAUUAAUAACAAUAUUAUUACUGUAAUGUUUGUUUUUGGUUAUUAAAGUGUGUAUAUAGCAAUAUAUUCUAGAAA